CCUGGCUCCCAUUUGCGUCCGCCGGCGUCUCUCAAACUGAGGAAGGAGCUUCUCGGGAGGGACUUGCGCGGUUGCGGCCCAGCUUCCGGAAAGUGAGGGGUUUGUUUCCGAGGGGAAGGCCUUCCGGGAGGACCGAGAGUGCGCAGAAUCGUGCUUGUCUGUGAAAUGCAGUUAACGCAUCAGCUGGACCUAUUUCCCGAAUGCAGGGUGACCCUUCUGUUGUUUAAAGAUGUAAAAAAUGCUGGAGACUUGAGAAAAAAGGCCAUGGAAGGUGCUAUUGAUGGUGCAUUAAUAAACCCUAAGGUGAUUGUUGAUCCAUUUCAGAUACUUGUGGCCUCAAACAAAGCAGUUCAUCUCUACAGACUGGGAAAAAUGAAGACAAAAACUCUAUCAACUGAAAUUAUUUUCAACCUUUCCCCAAAUAACAAUAUUUCAGAAGCUCUGAAAAAAUUUGGUAUCUCAGCAAAUGACACUUCAAUUCUAAUUGUUUACAUUGAAGAGGGAGAAAAACAAAUAAAUCAAGAAGACUUAAUAUCUCAGGUAGAAGGUCAUCAAGUUUCUCUGAAAAAUCUACCUGACAUAACAAAUAUUACAGAAGUCAAAAAGGAUGAAAAGCCUGGAUGUAAACCAAGGUCACUGGGUUUUGAGGAUGCUACAGAGGACCAGAGAGAAUACAGAGAAAGAGAAUGUGGGGACAGACCACAGACCUUCAGCUUGACUAUGAGGUUUUUGACUGGUUAACAGCAGACUUGGUAGGAAAACUCAACUGUACUUUGGAGCUCUCUGUCCCCCGUUUUGAUUCUUAGUUCAAAUGUUACUUAACAUUGAAAUGUUUAAACAUUAAAUGUAUGAAACAAAUGUA